AUGCACCAGCCAGACUACGAAGAGGUCGAGACACCAGUCACGUCGACAUCGCAGUUUAUACAGGCAGACGACGAUGAUUUGGAUGAGGACGCCAUCCCUGGAUUCACACAUCCUUCGCUAGGAACACCGCUGUCUGCUUCAAUGAAUAAGGGAAAAGCGAGAGCUUCUGAGCAGCUUGCAACACCGACUGGCGGGUAUGCAGCCUCCCCCGUCUCCGGGAACAUUGGUAGCGCGCCGAAUGGCGUACCUAGGUCUGAGCGGAGUACAGUCGGUGGCAUACAGGUCGAGAUGCGAACUACCCAGCUGGACACAUUGGAUGAACCCAUCGCAACUACUAUUGGACGAGAUUUGCUUUCCAUAUAUACCAAAACAGUGCAGGUGCUAUAUCCACCCAAAGCAGGUCAUCGGGAAGUCUUGAAGGAUUGGGACCUUUGGGGACCCCUUGUGAUAGCUCUGACAUUAGGCAUUCUUCUAAGCGUGAAUGCGCCGCCAUCCCAAUCGUUACCGCACUUCACCAGCGUGGUAUCCCUGAUGUCCUUCGGGGCAUUAGUGGUGACAUUUCAAGCACAGUUGUUGGGCGGACGAAUUUCCUUUUUCCAAGGGCUGUGCGUGUUUGGCUACUGUGUAGCGCCUUUGACCAUUGCAGCGCUUGUCGCGGUUUUCGUCAAGUUGAUCUAUGUGCGAGCGCCCGUCACACUUGUUGCAUGGGCGUGGUGCCUAUGGGCUGCGGUCAACUUCCUUGAUGGUACCAAGCUAGAGAAACAACGCACUAUGCUCGCCGUGUAUCCGCUGGUCCUGUUCUACUCUAUCCUGGCUUGGAUGAUUGUGAUACAGUAG